AUGACUAGGGAAACCGAAUUUUACUUCUUUUUUCCUGGAGGAAAGAAAUGCACAAAGAUAUCAGAGCCGGUCCUUGUCCUAUCUAUCUAUCUAUCUAUCUAUCUAUCUAUCUAUCUAUCUAUCUAUCUAUCUAAUUCAGUUCAUUAUCUAUCUCUCUUAGUCUCUUCAUAUCUAUUUAUAUAUCGGUCUAUAUCAAACUAUUCAUUAUCUAUCUAUCUAUCUAUCUAUCUAAGUUCUUUCAUAUCUAUCUAUCCAUCUAUCUAUCUAAGUUCUUUUCAUAUCUCUCUAUCUAUCCAUCUAUCUAAGUUCUUUUCAUAUCUCUCUAUCUAUCCAUCUAUCUACUUCUUUUCAUAUCUCUCUAUCUAUCCAUCUAAGUUCUUUUCAUAUCUAUCUAUCUAUCUAUCUAUCUAUCUAUCCAUCUAUCUAAGUUCUUUUCAUAUCUAUCUAUCUAUCCAUCUAUCUAUCUAUCUAUCCAUCUAUCUAAGUUCUUUUCAUAUCUAUCUAUCUAUCCAUCUAUCUAAGUUCUUUUCAUAUCUAUCCAAGUUCUUUUCAUAUCUAUCUAUCCAUCUAUCUAAUUCUUUUCAUAUCUCUCCAUCUAUCCAUCUAUCUAAGUUCUUUUCAUAUCUCUCUAUCUAUCCAUCUAAGUUCUUUUCAUAUCUCUCUAUCUAUCCAUCUAAGUUCUUUUCAUAUCUCUCUAUCUAUCCAUCUAAGUUCUUUUCAUAUCUAUCUAUCUAUCUAAGUUCUUUUCAUAUCUAUCUAUCUAUCUAUCUAAGUUCUUUUCAUAUCUAUCUAUCUAAGUUCUUUUCAUAUCUAUCUAUCUAUCUAUCUAAGUUCUUUUCAUAUCUAUCUAUCCAAGUUCUUUUCAUAUCUAUCUAUCCAUCUAUCUGUCUAAGUUCUUUUCAUAUCUAUCUAUCCAUCUAUCUAUCCAUUUAUCUAUCUAAGUUCUUUUCAUAUCUAUCUAUCUAUCUAUCUAAGUUCUUUUCAUAUCUAUCUAUCUAUCUAUCUAUCUAUCUAUCUAUCUAUCUAUCUAUCUAUCUACAUGGCCACCACUUUCUCUUCUUUUUUUCUGCAGUCAAUACGUCUCGCCUUCUUUUCUUAUAUUUCUCUCCUUGUCAUAUCUAUCUAUCUAUCUAUCUAUCUAUCUUAGCCUUGUCAUAUCUAUCUAUCUAUCUUAGCCUUGUCAUAUCUAUCUAUCUAUCUAUCUAUCUAUCUAUCUAUAUUAGCCUUGUAAUAUCUAUCUAUCUAUCUAUCUUAGCCUUCCUUGUCAUAUCUAUUUAUCUAUCUAUAUUAGCCUUGUCAUAUCUACCCAUCUAUCUAUCUAUAUUAUCCUUGUUAUAUAUAUCUAUCUAUAAAUCUAUAUUAGCCUCGUUAUAUCUAUCUAUCUAUAUUAGCCUUGUUAUAUCUAUCUAUAUUACCCUUGUUAUAUCUAUCUAUCUAUCUAUCUAUAUUACCCUUGUUAUAUCUAUCUAUCUAUCUAUAUUACCCUUGUUAUAUCUAUCUAUCUAUAUUACCCUUGUUAUAUCUAUCUAUCUAUCUAUAUUACCCUUGUUAUAUCUAUCUAUCUAUCUAUAUUACCCUUGUUAUAUCUAUCUAUCUAUCUAUCUAUCUAUCUAUAUUACCCUUGUUAUAUCUAUCUAUCUAUCUAUCUAUAUUACCCUUGUUAUAUCUAUCUAUCUAUCUAUCUAUAUUACCCUUGUUAUAUCUAUCUAUCUAUCUAUCUAUAUUACCUUUGUUAUAUCUAUCUAUCUAUCUAUCUAUCUAUAUUACCCUUGUUAUAUCUAUCUAUCUAUAUUACCCUUGUUAUAUCUAUCUAUCUAUCUAUCUAUCUAUAUUACCCUUGUUAUAUCUAUCUAUCUAUCUAUCUAUAUUACCUUUGUUAUAUCUAUCUAUCUAUAUUACCCUUGUUAUAUCUAUCUAUAUUACCCUUGUUAUAUCUAUCUAUCUAUCUAUCUAUCUAUCUAUAUUACCCUUGUUAUAUCUAUCUAUCUAUCUAUCUAUCUAUAUUACCCUUGUUAUAUCUAUCUAUCUAUCUAUCUAUCUAUAUUACCUUUGUUAUAUCUAUCUAUCUAUAUUACCCUUGUUAUAUCUAUCUAUCUAUCUAUCUAUCUAUAUUACCCUUGUUAUAUCUAUCUAUCUAUCUAUCUAUCUAUAUUACCCUUGUUAUAUCUAUCUAUCUAUAUUACCCUUGUUAUAUCUAUCUAUCUAUAUUACCCUUGUUAUAUCUAUCUAUCUAUCUAUCUAUCUAUAUUACCCUUGUUAUAUCUAUCUAUCUAUAUUACCCUUGUUAUAUCUAUCUAUCUAUCUAUCUAUCUAUCUAUCUAUAUUACCCUUGGUAUAUCUAUCUAUCUAUCUAUCUAUCUAUAUUACCCUUGGUAUAUCUAUCUAUCUAUCUAUCUAUCUAUAUUACCCUUGGUAUAUCUAUCUAUCUAUCUAUCUAUCUAUAUUACCCUUGGUAUAUCUAUCUAUCUAUCUAUCUAUCUAUCUAUCUAUCUUACUCUUGGUAUAUCUAUCUAUCUAUCUAUCUAUCUAUAUUACUCUUGGUAUAUCUAUCUAUCUAUCUAUCUAUCUAUCUAUCUAUCUAUAUUACCCUUGUUAUAUCUAUCUAUCUAUCUAUCUAUCUAUAUUACUCUUGGUAUAUCUAUCUAUCUAUCUAUCUAUCUAUCUAUAUUACCCUUGUUAUAUCUAUCUAUCUAUCUAUAUUACCCUUGUUAUAUCUAUCUAUCUAUCUAUAUUACCCUUGUUAUAUCUAUCUAUCUAUCUAUCUAUCUAUCUAUCUUAGCCUUGUAA